ACCACGUGCGUGGAGGAGUGAAUCAACGACAAACAUGCCAGAAACCAACGACCCGCAAAUUAGCGUACCGUCAAAUUUUCCAGUACCAACUCCGAUGAUGUGUCGAGGGGAUCAAGUCGGUAACUGGGAGUUUUUUCUUCAGCAAUGGAGGGAUUACGAAAUAGCGACUGGUCUCGAUAAGAGAAGCGAAAAAAUUCGUCUUGCCACCUUUCGUUCUGUCAUGGGACGAGAGUGUGUUCAAAUUCUCCAGAAUCUUGGCUUAAAAAGCGACUGCACGGUCAAAGAAGCUGAGGAUAAAUUGCAGGCUUACUUUAUACCAACAAGAAACAUCAUCUAUGAAAGAUAUGAGUUCAACACAUGCUGUCAACAAGAAGACGAAGGAAUUGAAGUCUACGUAAAUCGCUUACGCAAACUCGCGUCGACAUGUGAUUACAAAGACAAAACCGAUGAGUUCAUCCGAGAUAGAUUGAUAAUUGGUCUAAACAGCCGCAGCAUUAAACUACGACUCCUUAAAGAGCAAGAUUUAACUUUAACCAAGGCUUUGGAUAUGUGCAGAGCGAGUGAACACGCCGAGAAACAAGUCAAAGCGAUUCAAAACAAACAACCAAGCAGCGAAAAUGUCAACAUGAUUAAAGCUAAACACGGUCACAAAGGUCAACAAACCGGCGACACAAGCAAAACAACACAAGUUAAACAGAAAGCGAAUCAUGCAAAAUCAGCGAAAUCAACGAAGAAAAGUGGUGAAAUGUGUUUAUUUUGUGGAAAUAAACGACACGCAAAGCGAAACGACUGUCCAGCGUACGGUCUAACAUGCCGAAUUUGCAAGAAAGCCAACCAUUUUGCCAAAGUAUGCAUGCAGAAAAGCAAACAACAAGUUCACAUGCUGGAUGAAGAAGUAUCUGACGAAGAUUCGGACGACGACAUUCUAACUAUAGAGGAAAUAGCAGCAGUCAAACGAACAAGCAAACGUUUAACAACCAAGUUGUUAUUCAACACUCCAGACAACCACAAAGAGCUGAUUGAAUGUCAGUUAGACACAGGUGCAACCUGUAAUGUGAUGAAUUACAAAGAUCUGAUGAUCCUUCUACAAGAUGGCGACCCAACACUCGAGAAUUCUAAAGUGAGUUUAAAGCUGUUUGAUGGAACCAUAGUCAAACCAGUUGGAGAAACAACACUGGAGAUCGAAAGAAAAAACAAGCUGUACCCAACUAAAUUUCAAAUAGUUGAAAUCAAGUGCCAACCACUGAUAUCUCUAGAAACAUGCAAGAAGCUAGACCUCAUCGUGAUCAACGUAGAGCCAAUAAAUGCAGUUCAAUAUACCCAAGAAGAGAAAAGCAGUACUACAUUAACAAAAGAGUACAUUAACAGCCACUACAAGGAUGUCUUUGAAGGCCUGGGUCAUAUUGGAAACUCCAAAUUGUUGCUAAAGCCUGAGGUCAUGCCUGUCCAACAAGCACCACGAAGAUUAGCAUGUGCCUAUGAAGAGAGAGUGAAAUCAAAGCUAGAUGAAAUGGAAAGCAAGGGAAUCAUUGCCAAGGUGACUGAGCCGACUGAGUGGAUAAGCAACAUGGUAGUCAGGAUAACGCCGAAGAAGACUAGAAUCUGCCUAGAUCCUCAAGAACUAAACAAAGCCAUACUGCGUCCACGAUACCAGAUGCCCACACUAGAAGAAAUCUUACCUAAGAUCAACAAUGCAAAAGUUUUCAGCACUCUAGACGCUAAAGAUGGGUUUUACCAGGUCGAACUGGAAGAAGAAAGCAGUCGACUCACUACAUUUUGGACACCUCAAGGCCGAUAUUGUUACCUAAGAAUGCCAUUCGGUKUCAGUCUAGCCCCAGAAGUGUUUGAGAGCAAACUCCAUGAGCACUUGGAUGAUUUACCAGGAAUCAUAGUACUGAGAGAUGACAUAUUGGUCCUAGCAAGGGAGAAACACAAGCCGAAGCAGAAGAGAAUCACGACCAGAAUCUCAAAGGUCUUUUAGAGAGGGCCAGAAAGAUAAACCUGAAACUAAACAGCAGCAAAAUGUGUCUUAAGGAGGCAGAGGUGAAGUACAUGGGCCACGUKAUAUCGAAGAAUGGUCUGAAACCCGACCCGGACAAGGUCAAAGCCAUCAAAGAGAUGCCUAAGCCGACUAGUAAGAAAGAACUACUUACCUUACUUGGAU